AUGCAACGAACAAAACGGCAAAAGAAUGAUAUGGUUCAAAUUUCGAAUAGUAAUAAAAAACAAAAAUUAGGAAAUCAAAUAACAACAAUCAAUUCGAACAAAUAUUGUCUUGAAGACUUAGCUAAUGAAAUUCUUUAUGAAAUAUUUGGAUAUCUUAAUGGAUAUGAUAUUUACAAAGGAUUUUAUAAUCUUAAUAAUCGAUUUCAAAAUUUAGCUAUUAAUUCAAAUAUUUUAACUAAAAUCAAUAUUUCAACAAUAUCAAAAUCAAAUUUCGAAGAUUAUUAUCAUAAUAUACUUAUACCAAAUCAAAGUCAAAUUAAUUUUCUUCGUUUAUCAAAUCCAUUUGUUGCCGAGAUUAUUUUCUCCGAACCACGUUUGAUUUUAAAUUUUAUUCGUCUUGAAACAAUAAUUCUUGAUUAUGUACAAGAAAAAAAUUUUAACAAAUUCUUUGAUUAUUUAAUAUGUUUAACUACUCUUCAUGCAAUAACUAUUUUUUUUGUUCAAGAUAUUUCAUCAUUAGAUAUUAUUUUUUCUCAAAUAUUUCGUUUAUCGACAUUAAAAUAUUUUAAAAUUGAAUAUCAACAAUUAUUAUCUAUUGAUUUUACUAAUUAUGAUUCUAGUUCAAUAGAAUAUUUAAUAAUAAAGGGUUCUUUCCCAUUUAGUGCAUUUCAUAAUUUAUUAUGUUGUCUUCCUAAACUUCAACAUUUAUCAAUUAAUCAUUUUGAUACUCACUAUGGUUAUCAAAAAAGAAACAAAUCAUCUUCUAUUCAAUUAAAAUAUUUAAAACAUGUUUCUCUUAAACUUAAUUUCGUAUGUUUUGAUGAAUUUGAGAAAAUUAUCAAAGAAUUUUUUCAUCAUAUUCAAAUUUUACGUCUUACAACAUCGUGUGAUGAAAAAUAUUUAGAUGCUAAACGGUGGCAACAAUUAAUCUUAUUUCAUAUACCAUAUUUACAUUAUUCUUUAUUUCAUUUAUUUAGAAGAAAAGAUUAUACAUAUAAUUGGGAGAUAGAUGAAGAACUUGAUUUAAAUCAUCAAAGAGAAAAUUCAAAAUCAGUCAAACAUCUUUAUAUUGCGUGUGGAAGAAAAUUAAAUCGUCAAAAUUAUUUUCCAAAUGUUAUUCAAUUAACUAUUAGUUGUUAUGUUGAAAAAUUAGAUGAUUAUUCAUUUAUAACAAAUCUAGAGUGUAUGAUUUCUUUAAAACAACUUACAAAAUUAGAUAUUAAUAUUUGGGGUUUUCCAUUCGAAGAAAUUAUUAAAUUAUUACGUUUAACACCUAAUUUAUACACAUUACGAUUUAAUGCAUAUUCUUUGCAGGAGAUUGAUUCAAAUUCCACUAAAUACAAUAUACUUUUACAACAUGUAUUAAAAAAAAAUAAAAUUGAAAAUUUACUUCUUACUGGUGAUUGUUCAUUGAAUCAAAUUCGAUUCAUUGUUUAUGUAUUUUCGAAAUUAAAAUAUCUUAAAAUUCGAAUAAAUAGUACAACAGAAAUAUCAUCAAUAAUUCGAUAUUUAUUAUCAAAAACUCAUAAUCAAGCACAACACUUAUUUUAUUUAUGCAUUUCACAAAUUCCAGAAGAAUAUUUAAAAGAAAUAAAAGAUUUAAUUAAAUUAGAGAAUUUACUUGAUAAUUACUCUAUUCAAUACAUUAAUAACAAUUUACAUUUAUGGUGGUAA